UAAAUACUACAAUCUUACAAUCAGGAAACAAUUGAAACAUUAAAAUACAUCAAUAACAAUGGCAACAAGAGGUGACUUCAAUUUGCUGAAAUUCGAUAGCUAUUCGGAUUACCUGAAAUCCUUUACAAAGGUUGAUGAAUAUCGAUAUUUAGGAAGCAUGAAGGUAAUCAAUUCCUUUGUGAAACUUGGAUAUCGUACAAGCGCAACAAUAUACGACGAGGAUGACUUUCAUAAAAUAAGGAAACGUUUAUUGGAAUUGAUUAAUCCUAAAAGCAUACGAAGUCAGCUCUUUAGCCGACACCUUGUGGGAGAUGAUCCUGCUCUAGUUGCAUUUGCAGAUCGAGAGGAGCGCAAUGUGCAGAAAAAGUUAGCAUCAAUUAUAUUUCUUCAAAUACGACGGCGUAAUGGCUUCGACAUAUCCGGCUAUAUAGACUAUGCCGACAGUCUGCAAAAAUGUACAACCCGCAGUCUUGGAGCCACCAACUGGAAGGCUGUUUUUGAAGGUCGAAUUCUGCUACGACCGAAUCGCAAUCACUUAAGUUUCUAUGAUUGGCACACGGGAGCCGUUAGUUUUAAUAAUAGUAAUAAUUUUGAGAUAGUGAAUUACGGAUCCUCAUUAAUGUUCAAGCACAUUGGAGACCACAAGAUCAUUCCUGUAACAACUGCGGACUCUCUCUUUAAGGAUAACGUAAAGCGCACAUUUAUUCAAUCGCCAAUGUAUGGUUGUGUGGCAAUUUACGAUCACAUUGUUAGGAAAGCUUCCUAGCAUAUCAUUAUUAAACAUAAUAGUAAUUAUAA